AUGGUUGUGAGCACGGAGGCACUGAGUGAGAUCCAGGCCAGUGUCACGCAGGCCCAAGAUGGGCAACUUGUGCAAGCGAUGCACAAGCUCAUGAAUGUGCUGGCCAAGCACGGUCUGGUCCGCACCACACAGUUGAGACCUGAUGAAGUGGGGUGCCACCCCAUGAACAGGGACGGAUUUGGUUUGUCACCCCAUGACGUCCAUGCACUUGUGGACGGUUUGUCGGAGGUUGGGUGGGACUCGAGAGAGACGAAUCCAAUUUGUGGGGAAAUUUCAGAUCCAGAUCAUGCCAUGGUGCUAGGAUUCAAUGAAGCCUUGGUGACGAGUUCUCGGGGCCUCCUGCCGCCUGUCCAAGCAACCCAAAUGCGGUAUGCAUCGUUGGCAAACUCACAUACGAAUGCUGCCUUACGAUGUUUGGCCCAUGAAGUUGCACACAUUGGGACAGAGUGUGCGCUGGUGCUUGAGGGCAGGCUCUCUAUGGCCAGGGCCAAGAGCCAUGACCCACAGUUUUUCAAGGCUGCGCAGGAGGGCAUGGUUUGGAGGGUGAUUGCGAGAGAAGCUCUGGAGAUAGAUGGCGUGGCCCAAUUGAUCCAAUCAGCUUCCAACACCAGUGGCCAUUUACAAAGGGGAGAGCAUGAAUGGCAAAUCUUGCUUCGCAUGAAGAGCCUGAUUGACAGGUCCACCCCUCCUCCAGAGUGGAGCCAGGUUCGGAAGGAGAUCUGCAGAACCAAACCGGCUUGCAUCGAGGCCACACCAUACAUGUACCAAUUCCUCCUGAGAUUCAUGCACAAGGAGCUCUUGGGAAAGGUCGAGGAAAGAAUCAAGAAGAGUGUGAGCUCAAAGAAAUCUUUGGGCGCAGACUUUUACAUGGCCUUGAGUGGGAACUCCAAAGAUUGGAAGGUGCAGGGUCUUUUGUUUCGGCAUAUGCUGCUGGCUCUGGCCUACACAUCAGACAGGGUGCAGGCCAGCGAUUGUCGGCGCAUGCUGUCGAAGGAUUUCAGCCCGAAACUCACCACCGCAGAAGAGAUGUCUACCAAGAUCUCGAAGAUGUUGAAGAAGGCUGAUGUCAAGGAUAAGGGCACUGAUGUACAGGAAAAGUACGAAGCCUUCCAAGACUCUCUGGUGUUGCAAGCCUUGGAGAAGGUCAAGGCUACUCCAGAAUCCGUGGCGUGUGAGUUGAUGGAUGAACUUGAGGAGCUUCUCGGCACGCGGCUUUCCACCGAGUUCGAUGAUCAUAGGAAGACCAGUUCCAGUGCACCUCCUGCAGGAAGCGCGGGUCCCUCAGCAGCUUCGCCGUUCCGUGAGUACGAUGAGUUUGGGAAGCUGAAGGAUGAGGCCGUGCUGGUGAGAGAACACGGUUUUGUCCAGGGCGCUUCGAUUGUUCGAAAGAAGGACAAAGUCAGGGCCACAAUUGAGAAUGUGAAGGGCUCGAAGGUCAAAUUGUCUUUGGACGCAGAGGAUGUUACUGGAUACUUUGAGCUGUCGACCGGAUCCUUUUUGAGAGGAGAGUGGAAAGUAGUCAAAAAACAUCCUGAAACCGUGCAGUAUGGUUUUGAUGUGUUCUCCGGCCACACCGGGCUCAACUCAGAUGCCAUCAACAGCUUGUGUUCCAAGGGUGAGGUGGCAAGGCGCCUCAUUGAAUUGGAGAAUCAGCACGCCAAAGUCCUUGAGGGGUUGAAACUCCAGGUGAAACCUUCCAAGACAGUUUUCUCCACCAAAUCCUUUGCGAAGAACAAACUAGUUCUCAUCCCAUCAACGUGGAAGAUUGAAACGAAGGAGACUGGCUCUGGCAUUUCUCUUGGAACUAUCAGAGGUGUGCCCUUGAGCCUUUUUCCCGCCUUCGUGCAUUCCAAGGACGGUGACUUGACUGAUUCCUUCCUGCAGCCGUUUUGGAUGGUGAAGAGGACCCAUGUCCUUGAAGAGGCCAAUUGUGAGAUUCGCCCAGAGUUGCAGGGUUCAGAGAACAAUUCAGUCAAAGUCCCAUGUAUGUACAACACAGUUGCUGUGAGUGACAGAGAUGAGCUGGUUGUGUACGUGCCUCAAAUGAAAGUGGACGAUGAGCCAGAGGCCCUAUCUCGCAUUGAGGCCCCGCCCCCGGCCAAGCGUUUCAGAACCAAAGCCAAGGACUAG